AUGGCCAACGUCUUCGCCGUCCAGAUCUUCUUCAUCGUCUUUCGCGAGGUCCUCGAGGCCGUCAUUGUCGUCUCUGUCCUGCUCUCCUUCCUGAAACAAUGCCUCGGCCAGCCCGACCAGGACCAGAAGGUCUAUAAACGCCUGGUACGACAGGUCUGGGUGGGCUCCCUCAGUGGUGUGUUCAUCUGCCUGGUCAUCGGCGGCGCCUUCAUCGGUGUCUUCUACGGCCUGGGCAGGGAUAUCUGGUCGCAGUCUGAGGACCUCUGGGAGGGCAUUUUCUACCUGAUUGCUACAGUCAUUAUCACCGUCAUGGGUCUGGCUCUGCUGCGGAUCAACAAGACGAAAGAAAAGUGGAAGGUCAAGAUCGCCAAGGCCCUCGCUGAGCGUAGCCACUCCCGCUCUUCCAAGACCAUCCUGGGCGAAUGGUCGCGCAGAUACGUCAUGUUCUUCCUGCCGUUUAUCACCACCCUGCGAGAGGGCGUCGAGGCCGUCGUCUUUGUCGGCGGCGUGUCUCUGGGCCUGCCCGCGACUGCAUUCCCCCUGCCCGUCAUCUGCGGUCUGAUUGCCGGGCUGACCGUGGGCUAUCUCAUCUACCGGGGAAGCAACGCCAUGUCAAUCCAGAUCUUCUUGAUCGCCUCCACCAGCGUCCUGUAUCUCAUCGCGGCCGGCAUGUUCUCGAAGGCGAUCUGGUACCUUCAAUUCAAUACCUUUGUCCAAAAGGUCGGCAGUGAUGUUGGGGAGGAAGGCGACGGUCCCGGUUCCUACGACAUUACCCAGACCGUCUGGCACGUCAAUUGCUGCAAUCCGGAGAUCGACAACGGAUGGGACGUGUUCAAUGCGGUGCUGGGGUGGCAGAACACGGGCACGUACGGCUCCGUCAUCUCCUACAACGUGUACUGGAUUUUCCUCAUGCUGGUAAUCGGAUGCAUGCUCUACGAAGCGAAGACAGGCUCGCUGCCGCUGAAGAAGCAGAUCGUGUCGUUCUUGCUGCGGGUGCCGGUAGUCAAUAUCUAUGUGAGGCGCAAGCUGCAGCCGUCUCGGGAGCAGGCCGAUGAGCUCAUGCGCCAGGCCGAGGAUGCCGUCCGCAACGAUCACGGGAGAGGUGCCGAGGGUGAGAAUAUUGAGGAGGGGAAAAGUACACUGCAGGGAGGCUCUUAA